AUGGUGGUCUUCAAGAAGGUCAAGUUGUUCGAGGUGGUCUUCUCCGACCCAGAGAGGGUGUACUGUGGAGGGGAGAAGGUGACCGGGAAGGUGAUGGUGGAGGUGUCCGAGGUGACCCGGGUGACCAAAGUCAAGGCGCUGGCCUGCGGAGUGGCCAAGGUGGUCUGGUCCACUGGACCUCAACACUGCAAGCAGGAGAUGGAGUACCUGAGGGUGGAGGACACCUUGCAGAUGGAGGACCAGCCUACAGUAGAUUCUGAUGGAUCUGUAAUCCUGAGACCUGGCAACCAGUACGAGUACAAGUUUGGAUUUGAGCUUCCUCAAGGGCCUUUGGGCUCAACCUUCAAGGGGAAGUAUGGAUCUGUGAAAUAUUGGGUCAAAGCUUUCCUUGAGCGACCAUCACUCCCAGCUCUGGAAGUGCAGAAGAAAUUCCAAGUGGUUGACUUAGUGGAUGUGAACACUCCAGAUUUAUUGUCUCCUGUUUCUGGCAAAAAGCACAAGAAGAUGACUUGUUUGUUCAUUCCUGAUGGCCAUAUCACCAUGAGUGCCAGCAUUAACCGCAAGGGAUUCUGUGAAGGUGAUGAUAUCUGUAUCUCCGCUGACUUUGAGAACACCUGCUCUCGUAUUGUGGUCCCAAAAGCUGCCAUCAUCGGCAAGCACACUUACUUGGCCAACGGUCAGACCAAAGUCUUCACCCAGAAGCUGUGCAGCGUGAGGGGAAAUCACAUCAUCUCCGGCAUGACGGACUCUUGGAGAGGAAAGAGCAUCCGUGUCCCAAAGAUCAAGCCUUCCCUCCUGGGCUGCCACAUCCUGAGAGUGGAAUAUUCUUUACUGGUUUAUGUCAGUGUUCCCGGAGCGAAGAAGGUCAUCCUUGACUUGCCCCUUGUGAUUGGCACCAGUUCCUCUGGUUUCAGCAGCCGCAGCUCAAGCAUGGCAAGCCAGGCCAGCUCGGAGAUGAGUUGGGUCGAACUGAACAUCCCUGGCACUCCAGAAGCUCCUCCAUGUUAUCUGGACAUUGUUCCUGAGGACCACAGACUUGAAAGCCCAACCACUCCUCUAAUCGAUGAGCUGGACAACAGCUGUGACAGUCCCAUCUUCAUGUACGCUCCAGAGUUCAAGUUCAUGCCACCUCCAACCUACACAGAGGUAAGUUCUGAGUUCAGCUGUAGAAAUAUCAAACUGAUCAUGAUGUUGUAA